UCGUCGUUUCGUUAUGUCGUUGUCGUUAUGUUCGGCUUGUCUUCUUGCGUAUGACAAUUAGCCGGUUUAGAUUGAGGUUAAAUUGGAGAAUGGGUAGGGUCUAAACUAUUAUUGGAAUGUUUCAUAAGUGGUGGAAUAAAAAAUUAUUUAAUAGUAUUCGAGAAGACACUAGCGAGCGACAUUAGUCAGUUGCAGUCCGCAGCAGGUAUCGUGUAAAUAAAAUAAAAAGUGAAAGAAAUCCAGUAAACCACCAUGAGUUCUUGGCCUGAGGAUGUUGGAAUAUUAGCUUUGGAGAUAGUUUUUCCAUCACAAUAUGUGGAUCAAACGGAAUUGGAACAAUUUGAUGGGGUAUCAGCAGGAAAAUAUACAAUUGGACUUGGACAACAGAAAAUGGGUUUUUGUUCAGAUAGAGAGGAUAUUAAUUCCCUCUGUCUUACAGUGGUUCAAAAAUUGCUAGAAAGACAUAACAUAAAACCAAGUGAAAUUGGACGCUUGGAAGUAGGUACCGAGACAAUCAUUGACAAGUCAAAAAGUGUUAAAACUGUAUUGAUGCAACUUUUUGAACCCUAUGGUGUAACUGAUAUUGAAGGUAUCGAUACCACAAAUGCUUGUUAUGGUGGAACUGCAGCAUUGUUUAAUUCCAUUGCAUGGGUGGAAUCAUCAGCUUGGAACGGACGCUUUGCUUUGGCGGUAGCUGGGGACAUAGCCGUAUAUGCAAAAGGUGCUGCUAGACCAACAGGUGGUGUGGGAGCCAUUGCAAUGUUAGUAGGGCCUAAUGCUCCACUUAUUUUUGAUAGAGGCAUUCGUGCCACAUAUGUCAGGCAUACUUAUGAUUUUUACAAACCUGACUUAACAUCUGAAUAUCCAGUAGUCGAUGGUAAAUUAUCAAUUCAGUGUUACUUAAAUGCUUUAGAUCAAUGUUAUCAACAGUAUUGUAAGAAUGUUUCUAAAAAGUUAAAUUCUGAAGUAGAUAUAAGUAGUUUUGAUGCAGUUAUAUUUCAUUCUCCAUAUGGCAAGCUCGUACAAAAGUCACUGGCACGAUUAGUUUUAAAUGAUUAUGUACGAACAACUAAAGAACAGAGAACACAAAAAUUUUCUGAACUAAUUAAAUUUAAUAAUAUAAAAUUGGAAGACAGCUAUUUUGAUCGUGAUGUUGAAAAAGCAUUUUUAAAUUAUUCUAAGGAAAUUUUUGAUAAGAAAACUAGCCCUUCACUGCUUAUUGCUAGUCAAGUAGGUAAUAUGUAUACACCUUCGUUAUAUGGAGGACUGGUGUCUCUCCUGAUAAACAAAAAAGUUUCAGAAUUAGCUGGUAAAAAAAUUGCAAUGUUUUCAUAUGGCUCUGGUCUAGCUGCAUCAUUUUUUUCAAUUACGGUAACACACAAUUGUGGUCCUUCAUCUCCAUUACAAAAACUAGUGUCAAAUUUAAGUUAUAUUAAACCUCUUUUGGAACAAAGACAGAAAAUUGAACCGCAGAAAUUUGAGUCUACACUGGAACUCCGACAAAAAACUUGUCAUAGUGCACCUUAUGAACCUAAUGGUAGUAUAGAAAAUUUUUUCCCGGGUACUUAUUAUUUAACAAAAAUUGAUGAGCAGCAUAGGAGAUUUUAUGAUAGAAUACCUGUACUAACAAAUGGCCAUGUUUAAUAUUGGGAUACCAACAAUUUUAGUGUACCUCUUUUUCUAGUUUUUAUCUUUUUAUUUUAGAGGGAUCACGUUUUAGUUUGAAACCAAUAUUUUCAAGCUCAAAAUUUUAAAGUGCCUAUAGGAGAAUCAGUAGUUUACCUAAAUUCUAAUGGGUAAUUAAAUUUGUAGCAUAGUGUUUUGGUACAAGUUACAAAAACUGAUGAAUGUUUGUCUCGAAAAAUAUGUCUUUUUUACGAGUACCUACUCCAGUGAAUAUUAUGUAUUAUCUUUAUUUAAUAUUUUAUGGAUUUUUAAAAUCAUUUUAUUAGUUCGUUAUAACAAAAAUAUGUAUUUUUCGUUAAUAUUUGUAAUAUUAUAUGUUUGGUAGCAUUAUUUGAAAAUAAUGAAUUGUUUAACAGUGAUUGAUGUUUAAUUGAAAUCGUGGCUAAUUUUAAAUAAUUGUCGCUUAGUGUGUAAGUACUGAUGUAAAAUAUAUGUUAAUGAGUUAUUUAUGUGGUAAGCAGGACAAGCUUUAAUGUGCAAUAUAAAUGGAAAAAAAAUGAGAGAAACAUUCAUGGACAAUAAUUAUGUUUUGUAAAAUAAAAGUCAAUUGACUGUACCAUACAGGGUGACUGUAAUAUUACAGUUAGGGUUCAACUUUGAGGGUAAGGUUGCCUAGAGGUAAAUAUUUACAUUGCAAAAAAGAGCUUUAAAAAUUAUAUUAUAGAUUUUUAACCCUGUCGUAUUAAUUAUUUAAUACAUUGUUGUUGUACAAAUUAUGGAUUUUACUAAUAAUUUAAUUGUAAUAAAUAGCCUACUCAUUUUAAAUUUUGGCACAAGUAAUAAUGUCUGGGGUAUUAGUUUCUCUAAACCAAAUAUAUAUUAAGUUUAAGUAUGUAAUUUAUUUAUUUUUAGACUGUCACAUUUUGUUUUUGGUUUUAGUUAUUUAUGUAUA